AUGGGUUGUAAUCAGAGCAAAGUGAGAUUUUCGCAAGUAUUUAAGAGGAAGAGGGUAAGAGCAACUUAGCGGUUGAUGAAGUUUUCGUAAUAAAUGAAAAAAAUGCCAAUUUUCUGCAUCUUUCGUUGUAGUUUUCGAGAGUGUUAAGUAAGGUAGUUGAAAACAUAUGGCGUCAGCCUUGCCAUAUAAGGGCACAAAUUUGAAAUUAUUCUGACCAAUCAUAGAGAGUUAUUUGAAGGCCCCAUGUGGGGUUAACGUGACCUUAAAAGGUAACAAAUUUGAAAAAUUCUGACCAAUCGUAGGACAUGUUUGAAAGCCCACGUGGUUUCGGUUCAACCGUAAAAGGAAACGGAUUUGAAUUGAAAGUGACCAAUCACUGCGCGUUUCCUCCAUAUCUCGCGCGUGCGUAGAAAGAUUGAGCCGUUACAGAACAACGAGUGAUUUUUGUUUAGCUCGGAAGAAAAGGCAACUGAUCAUGAAGAAAAUCAACAAACAAACAAAAAAUAAAGAUGGUUUCAAUUAUGGCAAUUGAAACCACGAAGUCUCCAAUGUUUCUUUGAAAUGUAGCGAUUACUAGAAAAAUGCUAUAUCAGCAUGAUUUGACUGCAGUGUCAGGCAGCGCGCGCAUGACAAAUCGUCGCCUUUCAAUUUAUUGAAAGAAUGGAUGAGAUCUUCGAAUAUCCAUGUUGAGAAUAAUAUAUUGAAGAUGACAUUAAAUGAAACAGUUUAAAUCGACAACAACAAAUUUCAUUUACAUUCAAUUGCUAGUAAUUACAAAUAGUUUACCCUCCCUCAAAUAAUAGCAAAGGAACUAAUCGAGGCCGAGGUGGGGGAGGGGGGGGGAUGGAGAGGGAAAAUAAGGCAUAUUUUGCAUUAUUUUAUUUUCAUUUUAUAUUUUACGAUUUGAGAAAAAAGGACUAGACAAUUACAACAACUAAAUCUUAGAUCAAAUAAAGUAAAUUCAUAUCAAACUCACUUUAGAAAUUUUCUAGGGUCUCAGUGUAGAAAACCGUCAUCCCGGUUGGGAACUCCCCUAUAUAGGGGCGGGGAUUCUCGUUGUCUCGCUUAGGAGUGUAAAUUUCGGAUUUUGGUCUCACUUGGGGUGUUCUGGACAAAAACGCCAGUAUAUUUAGCCGUAAAAGUCUCUAUUAGGGUUGCAUGCGAAGUAAUAGAAAAAAUUAUAUAUUUUCAAUUCGUUUUAUUUACUCGAUACAUGUAAUCCCUGUUUAAAAUGGUCUCUUUUAGGGGUCAAAAAAGGGUUAGGCCACGCCCUGAUUGGAAUUGAGGGGAGAGUUUAAUUGGAAAUUUCCGACGAGUAUCCCUACCUCUUUCAUAUGGGAGUCGCCCUGGACCGUCAGCCGUCAAAGGUCCAAAAUUUAACUGUUAACCGUCGACCGUCGAAAAAGUCUCUUUUUUUACCGUCAACCGUCAAAAAUAAGGGUUAAUUUUAACUACAAAUCUCACCAAUUCAGCUGAUCUUUACGUGGAUUCUUGCUCCUGAAAAAAUGUCUUAACUAGAAAAAAAAAAACAUUCCAUGUUUUAAAAAAAAGCUCUUUCUAGAAAUUUUGAAUGCAUUUGGAAAUUAUAUUUUAAUGAAAGGCCAAGAUAACCUCCAAAAGGCAACAGCUCAUAUUAAUUCGUAAUUUACGUUUGGACUAAAUUUCUACUUAAUAACGUAACCGUCAAUCAUCAAUAUUGGAAAAAAAAAUGUAGCGUCAACCGCCUAUGCUACCACUCCAUCGAGACCCUCAUAAGAGACUCCUUACUUAUCUGUUAAUAAUUUUUUUCGCUAGGCAACCAAGAGAACAACUUGGUAUGUUGACCUUGGUACGUUAGAAUGCAGCCCUCCUCUUAUGCAGCAUACGUCACAGAAACCAGCCCCAGCCUCAAACAUCCAUUAUGAGGACUUUUCAAUUCUGUCUUUUAUGACAAGAAAAGAUCAUUACGAGUGGGUGGAGAUGUAUGCUAAAAAACAAUUGUUUGAAUGUGUGGAAUCUUGCUUAAACUAUAAAGGAUUUCAUGAAUAUGGAUUCCACUUAUUAUCACUUACUCCAAGGCCCUUGUUGGAGAUCAGAACUUACGAUAAUAGAUCCAUUCAUUCCCUUCCUGGGGGGAACUCCACGGCCUUGGAGUACUUUCUAAGGUAGGUACAACUGAGACAGUUCCGGGUACAUUGUAACUAGUACCCUACGAGCAAGCUCACCAAUUAUGUCGAGCGAGCCGCGAGAGCCUGCCCCUCGAGCUCUCGUCUCCUUUCGAGCGUGGCUCUCGCGUGAAUUCUCGCGAAUCCCCCAAAUGAAAAGCUUCCUCGCAGGCUAAUGGUAAAUUGCCAUCGAUCUUCGCCUCGGUUGGAAUCCAAGACAGUCUUGGAUUCUGGAUUCCACGCCAUGGAUGCCGGAUUCCAAAUACUUGAUUUCGGAGUCUUUGUAAGUGGAAUUUGGAUUCCGGAUUCCAAUUGUUGGCGGGAUUCCGUGAGCUGUAUUACGGAUCCCAAAGCCCAGGAUUCCCGAUUCCACAAGCAAAAAUGUUCGUUACAUGAAGCGCAAUUAGGAAAAAAGUAUUUAUUGGCCAAAUAAGGUAACCCGGUGCUCGAAUUCCGGAAUCCGCAAAAAGAUUGCUUGUGCAAUCCGGAAUCCUUGGCUUCGGAAUCAGGGAAUACCCGGAUGCUGAUCAAGGAUUCCAGAAUACAAGUUCCACUGACAAUGAAUCCGGAAUCCCCUAGUACCUAGAAUCCGGAAUCCAGCACGUUUUAAUGCCUUUAUAUUUGCAAAGUUUAACAAAGUUGAGCCUCUGGAUACUAAUUCUUAGUAUUUAAAUGUCCUCAACUGAUUUUGUAAAAAUGAAAGUUCUGAUGGGCUCUACAGCUCUAUAAGUUUUGCGAACUUUUUUUUCCACUCUGAUAACUUGCAAAAACAGCGCGGAGAGACGGUUCCACACUGACUUUUCCCUUGAAUAUUCCGUCCCGAUAGCCCCCCUCCCCCUCCCCCCACUGUAUAAUACCGGGCCUCCGAGGUUGGAAGUGCGCAGAAGAUAUCGUGCGUCGGAACGAAAAAGCGGGUGUUCGGUAGCUUAGAAUGCUGAGAAAACAAUGGGGUGUUCUAUCUAUGUUGAAAAUUUGAAAAAAAAAAAAACAAAAAAAACAAAAAAACACAUGCACUCGCUAAAGUUCUCAACAGUUAAAUUGGCCUUUGUAUAGAACGAAAGUUGAAAGAAACAUGGCGUUAUUUGUAAUAAAUUACGCUAAAUAGGUCUCUAAGGAGGAAACACUUUAUAGUAAGGAUAUUUAAAAGCGAAUUAGCCUGUUCUUUUCUUAUUCAUUCACAGAACUAUUCCAGAAGCAAUUGAGGCAAAGGUGGGGAAUGACCCCUUUGUUCUUGUUAUCGAUGAUCUCGAUAACGAGUCAGGCUACAGUAAAAUGUGUGUUAGUCUGAUUGAGAAGACCUGCCAGACGCUGCAAAUGAGGUAAAAUAAUAAAAAAAAUUGUUAUACUUUCCUGGUCCCCAGGGUCGUCUUGUGUUCCCGAGUAGGGCGGCUGUAGGGGAGACCCAGCCUCGUUCCCAGUCGUCCUCGGCGAUUUCGGAUGUGACUUCACCAGUUAAUUCGCUCUCGGUUCCAAGCCUCCUCUUAUAACUCGGAUAGCGCGAACUGGCCUGGGCACGAGGCUGGGGGAGACCCUCUUAUCUUCUGCCGCCACCUUUUUGGAAAACGAAAAGACCCUGUGGACGAGGUUGGCACUUGUGAUUCCAUCGUGAGUAGCAUUCCACGAAGGAGUGUCCAAAAGCAACUGAUUUAAAAAGGCACUUUUCAUUCCUCUUGUUGUCUGUUGUUUCUACUUCUUUAUUCACUCCCUCUUUUCUCAUUCAUCCCAUUUCUACUAAGUCUUUUCAGAAAUGUAAGUGAUAUGCAUAAAUCACAGGGAUUCUUUCUAGCAACCGGACGGAAAAUACUCGAAAUUGUUUUCGUGUUAUUGAAAAAGGUGCCCGUAAUAUUAUCAUCAUCAUCAUUAUCAUCUUCAUCUUCAUCUUUAUCAUUUUCGUCAUCAUUAUUUUCGGAAAAAUUGCGAUCAUUAACAUACUGAUUUUGAUUCUUCAGUCUUAGUUUGAAAAUACCUAUGCUCUUCAAAAGAAUGUAAAUAAAUGAAUCACUUUGGAUCGAAUCUAUCUUCUUUUGAUGUCAUUCACUGACUGCCAUCUUAAUUUUCACAGAUUUGAGGGGAGGUUGAAGAGAGUUUGUAUCAACAGACCAUACGGUCUGUUAGCCUAUGACCUCGCGAUCAGAAAGCGGUUCAACCUCCCGUUUGCCAGGUAAGACAUCUAAUGAGGUAUUGCUAAUAUAGCAAUUAUAUUGGGUGGUCGCAAUCUUAGCCCUGUCUCGUUACCGGCGCAACGGUCUUCCCUUGUGUCUUUGCGUUUUUGAAGCUUUCCCAUGAUCCUUGCGCCGCGACUACCGUCGAAAAUCCCAAGAAGAGUCUGGGUACGAGGUAGUGCUUAACAUGCAUUUACAAAUAGUAGUUAUAUAGACUGGGGAAACGUUUAGUCAGCUUUGAUCAACCUCGUGCUCAGGGAUUCGCAUUUAGAUAAGGCGGAAGCCCUGGGAACGAGACUGAUUGUUGAUUGCCGUCAAAUUACCAAAGGUCCUGGCCCAGUUGUUCAAAAGGCAGACCAUUUGAUUAUCGAAAUCUCUUUCCAGCAGAUAGAGCACUUGAUUUCCCUUAUACGUAUUCAAUAUAUAGCAAUUUAUCCGGUGGCUUGCGCAAUCCAACGUUUGAACAACCAGUGCCUGGAAUUGAACAAUCCGCAACCUCGUCUCCAGGGCUUUUCCCGAAAGCCCUGGGGACGAGGUUGGAACAAUCCGCUCCUCCUGUAGGAUAAUGUCGUACCCAGAUCUCCCACAAGACAGAGUGAGAUCUGGGUACGAAAUUAUCUGUAACAAGGGACUACGCAGAUCUAACCUCUCACAUGUCUUCCACUGUCACCUGUCAUAAGACAUUCUGAUCGAUUUUAAUGAACGUUUUCUUUUUCAGCUGUGAAAUUGAGAAUAAGCUAAUCGUAGCUGAUAGAUUCUCUGUGGGAAAGCUGGCAAGAGCUACAGGUUAGUUUACAUUGACGGAGGCGUUCUUUCGAGUAUAUACGGUUUGGAUAGAAUUUGCCGAUUUUAUUUCAUUUGUGGUCAAUUUGUAUUCCUUUUGAGUGCAAUAUUACAUUUGUGGCUUCAACCCCCCUUGCUUACGCGCAACAUGUUUGUACAACUUAUCCGUCUUGUUUAAGACGGUUAUCUUAGAACUGGUUUUUUGUUGGUCUUGCAGGUUUUCCAGGAAGACUUAUUCCAGAAGAUGAACUUAAAACUAGAGUUGCGAGUCUCUGA